ACUAAAAAAAAGUAAAAGUGGAGAGGCAUCGGGGACACUCGAAAGCGAGAAGAUUAUAACUGAUUAAGGGCUCAAGGUCGUUGCGUGAGGAAAGAAGAAGAGCGGCCGGCUGUGCUGUGUUUGUGCCAGAGAGCUUUGGUCGAGUUGAGGCAAAAGCAGUGCAGCAACUGCAGCACCAGCUGAACGGAGGAAGGAGUACAACUGCCGUGACGCGAGGCCGCUUUUCUGCAGUUUCGGCACUCCGAUGGCAUCGGCCAGAAAGCGCAGGGUAAGAUUCAGAAAAAUUGUGCGAACAGAGUCCGAUUGAUGCGUCCCAGCGUGUCCCGGGAGCACACGACAGACUGUCAACCACUGCUGGAGGUGGGAGACGACAAUGAUACUCCUGCCAGUAUGCCGCCCCGGCUGAGGAAAAUUUCGAGGCAGUCGUCCCCAAAGAAUUUUUUUGGCAUCUUUGCCUUCCUGUGCCUUUCUGUGUGCUUUUUUGUUGUGAUCAUAGGUGCUUAUUUCCAAGCUUUGCCGUGGAAUCUCUACGCGCAUGGAACCAACGCUUUGGACAAUUUUGCUUUCUCCUUGGGUCUACAAACUCAUGUCUACGCAGUUGUCAUUGACGCUGGCAGCACUGGCUCCAGAGUCUUGGCCUUCACAUUCCACAAGUCAUUGAUUGACGGCAAUUUGAAAUUGGACGAUGAACUGUUUGUCCAAGUCAAGCCUGGACUCUCCUCAUUCAGCGAGCAGCCGGAAAAGGGCGCUAGCCAGAUGUUGGCCCUGCUGGAAAGGGCAAAAGAUGUAGUUCCUCCCUCUGAGCGUGGUCAUACUCCUUUAGCCAUGAAAGCAACGGCUGGCCUUCGACUUCUGCCUAGACAAAAAGCUGACAAACUUAUUGAAGAAGUGCGUGAGGUGUUUCGAGAGUCUCCAUUCCAUAGUACAUCCCACUCAAUUUCCAUCAUGGAUGGAACAGACGAAGGACUCUUUUCUUGGUUUACCGUCAACUUUUUACGAGACAGAUUUGGCGGAGGGCCUGAAAACACGGUUGUUGCUCUCGAUUUGGGAGGUGGCUCGACGCAAGUUACGUUUGCGUUGGACGAAGACGAAGAGGCCAUCCUGAUGGCACACGACCCAGAAUCUGUCCACGAAAUAACAGCAUUUCACAACAAGCUUGCAGUUUACACACAUAGUUACCUGGGUCUCGGAUUAAUGGCAGCUCGUCAUGCGAUCUUAACCGCAGAUCAAGAAAGUAACAUUACUGCAAUCCACCACACCUGCAUAAACCCUAUCGUCUCUACUGAAUGGGAAUAUGCUGGCACUACCUACACCUUGCAGGGACCAAAAAAUCCAACAAUUCUUCACAUCAAGGAGAAAAAGGGAACAGUUGCAGAGGACCGUCCCAUAGUUAAUUUCACACAGUGCCUGUCACAAGUUAAAGACUAUGUGGAGCAUAAAGUUUACAAACCAAAGGGCUUGUCGAAGAGAGAAAUAAAUGCGUUUUCAUAUUAUUUUGACCGAGCAGCUGAAGUAGGAUUAAUUGAUGAGGUUGAGGGUGGAAUUUUAACUGUUGGACAAUACUUUGACGCUGCAAAGUCGAGUUGCAACACUCCUAACACGGACCAACCUCUGAUGUGCUUGGACCUGACAAUAAUUUCAGUCCUCCUAAAAGAUGGUUUCGGACUUGAUAUGAAUACCAAAUUGAACCUCUACAAAAAAAUCGACAACCAUGAGAUAAGUUGGGCUCUUGGUCUUGCAUUCCACAUUCUGGAAAACGGACUGUGAUUGGUCUUCACCAUGUGUUCUAGUUUAUUACUAAAACUUUGACAGAAGCUUCUACAAUUGCAGAAGCCUGCCUGUUAACUGUUGAGCAUUUUUAAAAUGGUGCAGUUGUGAGAGUUAACGUUACAUAAUUCAAUUAAUUAAAAAAAAAUGUCAGUGAGAUAAAAUUGAAUUUUCUACUUGGACCAGUAUAUUUAUGUAUGAUGUAAUAAAUAUGACGUUUAUUUUAAAAUA